AUGGCGGAGGCAGCAGCGGCGGCAGCGUCUACGGCGGCUCCGGUAACAACAACUGGAGGCUGGACCAAACACGUUACCUGCAGGUAUUUCAUGCAUGGUGUUUGCAAAGAAGGUGACAACUGCCGAUACUCGCAUGACCGCAGCACCAACACACCAGCCAUGAUCUGCAAGUUCUUUCAGAAAGGUUGCUGUGCAUUUGGAGACCGUUGCAGGUAUGAACACAUCAAACCAGCCAAGCAAGAGGAACUUCCUGGCCCUACGCCUUCUGCCCCGCUGCCUGCUGCCCUUCUCACUCUUGCUGAUACACCCGAAUCUGUGCCCAGUGGGUCAGGUGGCCCGACUGAUGCCCAGGAAAGGGCCCAGCCCUCUGUAGCAGUUGACUGGGUCAAUGCUGCGGAGUUUGUGCCAGGUCAGCCGUAUUGCGGGAGAGCUGACCCUGUGCUUGUGGAUAGUCCUGGACCACUCAUUGAGGAUGAGUUUGAGAAGGAACAAGGUGACAAAGAGCUAAAGAAGCAGCUGUGCCCUUAUGCAGCUGUGGGCGAGUGUCGCUAUGGCCUCAACUGUGCCUAUUUGCAUGGAGACGUGUGCGAUAUGUGCGGCUUGCAGGUGCUCCAUCCGUCCGACACUGCUCAGCGCUCUCAGCACAUCAAAGCGUGCAUCGAGGCACAUGAGAAAGACAUGGAGAUCUCAUUUGCUAUCCAGCGCAGUAAGGACAUGAUGUGUGGCGUGUGCAUGGAGGUAGUGUUUGAAAAGACCAAUCCUAGCGAGCGCCGCUUUGGCAUUCUCUCCAACUGUAACCACUGCUACUGUCUCAAAUGCAUCCGCAAGUGGAGGAGCGCCAAGCAAUUUGAGAGCAAAAUCAUAAAGUCGUGCCCAGAGUGUCGGAUCACUUCCAACUUUGUCAUACCAAGUGAAUACUGGGUGGAGGACAAAGAGGAAAAGCAGAAGCUCAUCCAGAAGUACAAGGAUGGCAUGGGGACUAAGCCCUGUCGGUAUUUUGAUGAGGGCCGUGGAACCUGCCCAUUCGGAGCCAACUGCUUCUACAAGCAUGCUUUUCCUGAUGGCCGCCUGGAGGAGGCUCAGCCUCAGUCCCAAACCCAGCGAAGGCAGAAUGGUUCCAACGGUAGAAACAGGAGCACUCGGCGCACCCCCCUGUGGGAUCUGUUCGACGAGCGUGAGAGCAGUGACUCUUUGGACAACGAUGACGAGGAGAUGGUAACGUUUGAGCUGAGCGAGAUGCUCCUGAUGCUACUGGCUGCAGGAACCGACGACGACGUCACCGACUCCGAAGACGAGUGGGACUUGUUUCAUGAGGAGCUGGAUGAUUACUACGAGCUUUACCUAUAGCGGCUCUGCAUCACUCCCUCUCUUCUUUCAUCCCUUACUAAUCUUUCACAAUAAAUUACUCCCCAUCCCUCGUAGUAGAAACUAGACUGAAGUGUCUCGUGUGAGUGAUGGGCAGUAGCAUAUUAC